AUGUUAACGAAGGCCAGAAAGUAUCACAAGAGAGAAUCGUUCUUCGAAGAGGAGGAUGUACAGUGCUGGAUAGAGGACAACGACGGUGUGAAUGCACAUGACCUAAUAUCCGUCCAAAAAGUCCGGAACUCUUCGGGAUAUUGUGCUUAUAAUGUGAGGGCGGCGGAACUUGAGCUCCCCGCCCACCGGCGGAUGACAGGGGCGCGGGAGAAGGGUCGUCGACCAGCGAUGCGUGGGCCGGCCUUCAUGUUCAACGACCACACCACCAGCAUGACCGCCGAGGAGGAGCGCUUUCUGGACGCCGCCGAGUACGGCAACAUCCCUGUGGUCCGCAAGAUGCUGGAGGAGUCCACCACGCUCAAUGUCAACUGUGUGGACUACAUGGGCCAGAACGCAUUGCAGCUUGCGGUGGGCAACGAGCAUCUGGAGGUGAUGGAACUGCUCUUGCGGAGGGACAACCUGGCACGCAUCGGUGACGCCUUACUCCUGGCUAUCUCGAAAGGGUAUGUCAGGAUCGUGGAAGCCAUCUUGGCCCAUCCAUCCUUCCAAGCCAGCGAGCGGCUGACGCGGAGUCCGUGUGAGCUGCAGGACGAUGACUUCUACUCGUAUGACGAGGAUGGCACACGCUUCUCGCCCGACAUCACCCCCAUCAUUCUGGCUGCACACUGCCAGAAGUACGAGGUGGUACACAUGCUGCUGCUGAAGGGCGCGCGCAUUGAGCGGCCACAUGACUACUUUUGCAAGUGCCCAGAAUGCACCGAGAAACAGGGCAAAGACGCCUUCAGCCACUCACGUUUGCGCAUCAAUGCCUACCGGGGCCUGGCUAGCCCGGCUUACCUUUCGCUGUCUAGCGAGGACCCGGUGCUCACCGCGCUGGAGCUCAGCAAUGAACUGACCAAGUUGGCCGACAUCGAGAAGGAGUUCAAGAAUGACUAUCGCAAGCUGUCCAUGCAGUGUAAGGACUUUGUAGUGGGAGUGCUGGACCUCUGUCGGGACACGGAGGAAGUGGAAGCCAUUUUGAAUGGAGAUGUUACUGCUGAGAAGGAGGCGGGGAAGGGCCUUCGCUCUCUCCUGAGCAGGGUCAAACUGGCCAUCAAGUACGAGGUGAAAAAGUUUGUGGCCCACCCCAACUGCCAGCAGCAGCUGCUGACGAUCUGGUAUGAGAACCUGUCGGGCCUGAGGGAGCAGACCAUCGCUGUGAAGUGCCUGGUGGUGGUGGCGGUGGCUUUUGGUCUGCCCCUACUGGCCAUGGGCUACUGGUUCGCUCCCUGCAGUCGGCUGGGAAAUGUCCUGCGCAGCCCCUUCAUGAAGUUUGUGGCCCAUGCCGCCUCCUUCAUCAUCUUCCUGUGCCUGCUGUUGUUCAACGCAUCGGACCGCUUCGAGGGCAUCAGCACCAUGCCAAACGUGACCGUCACUGACCAUCCCAUGCAGAUCUACCGGGUCAAGACCACCGAAUUCAGCUGGACCGAGAUACUCAUCAUGGUCUGGGUCACAGGGAUGAUGUGGUCGGAGUGUAAGGAGUUGUGGACCGAGGGGCCCAGGGAGUACAUGCAGCAGCUGUGGAACGUUCUGGACUUCGGCAUGCUCUCCAUCUUCAUUGCCGCUUUCACCGCUCGGUUCUUUGCCUUCCUCCAGGCCACCAGAGCCCAGCAGUACGUCAACGAAAAGAUCCACACCACCGACCUCUCCCUAGUGACCCUACCCCCGGAGGUGAAAUACUUUACCUACGCAAGGGACAAAUGGCUGCCGUCGGACCCCCAGCUGAUCUCAGAAGGGCUGUACGCCAUCGCCGUGGUGCUGAGUUUCACACGCAUCGCUUACAUCCUGCCGGCUAACGAGAGCUUCGGACCGCUCCAGAUCUCCCUGGGACGCACGGUCAAAGACAUCUUCAAGUUUAUGGUCCUGUUCAUCAUGGUCUUCCUGGCGUUCAUGAUCGGCAUGUUCAUCCUCUAUUCGUACUACUUGGGUGCCAAGGUCAACCCGGCCUUCACCACGGUGGAGGAGAGCUUCAAGACUCUGUUCUGGUCUAUAUUUGGACUGUCCGAGGUGUCCUCUGUGGUGCUCAAGUACAACCACAAGUUCAUCGAGAACAUCGGCUACGUUCUCUAUGGAAUCUACAACGUGACCAUGGUGGUGGUGUUGCUCAACAUGCUGAUCGCCAUGAUCAACAGCUCCUAUCAAGAAAUCGAGGACGAUGCGGACGUGGAGUGGAAGUUUGCACGCUCCAAGCUAUGGCUGUCGUACUUUGACAACGGCAAGACACUGCCUCCUCCCUUCAGCAUCGUUCCCACUCCCAAGUCCUUCUACCACCACAUCAGGUGGAUAGUCGGCAUUCUGCAUUGCCGACAACGGAGUGUGAAGAAGGAUCUAGAGCUGGGGUUGGACAGUUCAAAGUCCAGGCUCAAUCUCUUCACCCAGUCCAACCUACGCAUUGCAGAGUCCCACAGCAUUCUGAACCAACCCACUUGCUAUCAGCAAAUCAUGAAGCGACUCAUCAAACGCUACGUUUUGAAAGCACAAGUGGACAAAGAAAACGACGAGGUCAAUGAAGGUGAACUGAAAGAAAUCAAGCAGGACAUCUCCAGUUUACGUUACGAACUCCUGGAAGACAAGUCUCAGGCUACAGAGGAGCUGUCCUUGCUUAUCCAGAAACUGAGUGACAAACUGAAACUAGGCCCUACCACACGCUUGCCCUACAAGUGA